AUGGCCUAUAGUGGUAGUUCAGAUAUCCAGGUCAUGCUACUAGCAAGAAGAUUCUACCUGCAGGGGGAGAAUGGUACCCACUGCAACAAGACGGUGGCAGAGACAGUCCUGGAAAAUUAUUACCUUUCUAUUAUGUAUGGGACUGAGUUUGUCGUUGGACUCCUGGGAAACAUCACAGUGGUUUUGGGCUACAUCUUCUACUUGAAGGACUGGAAAAGUUGCAACAUUUAUCUCUUCAACCUCUCCUUGUCAGAUCUGGCCUUCCUAUGUACUCUUCCAAUGUUGGUGAGGAGUUAUGCCACAGGAAGCUGGACAUACGGAGUUGUUCUCUGCAAAAGCAACAGAUACAUCCUUCAUGCCAACAUGUACACGAGCAUUCUUUUCCUCACUUUUAUUAGCAUCGAUCGUUAUCUCCUGAUGAAAUAUCCCUUCCGUGAGCACUUUCUGCAGAAGAAAGAACUAGCAAUUAUUUCCUCGGUGACCAUCUGGAUUCUGGUAACGAUUGAAAUCCUGCCAAUUCUUCUCAUCCUUGAACCAGUUAUGACAGAAAACAGCACCGCCUGCCUUGAUUACGCAAGUUCUGGAGAUCCGAAAUGCAACCUUGGAUACAGCCUAUUCCUCACAUUCUUAGGAUUCUUAAUCCCUCUCUUUGUUAUGUGCUUUUUCUAUCUGAAGAUUGUUUUUUUCCUGAAACACAGGAAUCAGCAGAUAUCAUCGGCUCUCCCGCUGGAAAAGCCCCUGACCUUAAUCAUCAUGGCCAUGGUCAUUUUUUCAGUGCUUUUCAGCCCCUACCACAUAAUGCGCAACGUGAGGAUCGCAUCUCGCUUGGAAACCUGGGCUGGAAGUUGCAGUGAACAGGCCAUCAUCAACUCCUUCUAUAUUAUCACGAGGCCCAUUGCCUUUCUAAACAGUGUGAUAAAUCCAGUCUUCUAUUUCCUAAUUGGGGACAACUUCAGAGAGAUGCUAUUAAACAGGGUGCGGCAACUCUUCCAGUCAAUCAAAUCUUUCAGAAGAUGAGGUACCCAAUUCAUUUCAUUCCCCCUGGGGUUCUUUUUCUACCAAAGUAUGCACCAGGCUCUGAAGAGAUCCCCACAAUCUGAUGAUUUUCACCAAGACGUUUUAAGGUAGAUAACUAUUGUACAGCUGGCCAAUAAAUCGAGGUAUGAGAAAAACAGAGGGCUUAAAGUGGACCUGCAGACACAUUUUAUUGAUGUGUUUGUAUUUUACUUAGAACAUGAACUAGGAGUUCCAGGCCCUGAACGGGAUGCAGAACUUUGUCUUUUCUGAUUUUGCUGUUAAGAUGAGAUCACAGCACUCCUGAAUUUAUGCAGA